GGCCUCCAUCACAGUAGUGGGCGCGGGUACACCAAUCCUCCCUGCCCCUCCCGCUUAUCAGGCCAGUAGACAGAAUAGGAGAGAGAGGGAGAGAAAAUGAACAAAUAGAUAAUUAAAGAGAAGGCGAAGUGAAUGAGAGGAAGAAGAAAGAAAUAAAGAGAGUGACGGGGAGGGAGAAAGAGAGAUGACCGUGUCGAAAACCGGAUCCCUUUUUUUUUUUUUUUUUUUUUUUGCACAAAUGGCAACGACCUACUAGAAACCUCCCAUCUGCCCUCCCCGAACGGUCCAAUGAGAGGAUGAAGUGGACCAGCAGACCAGCGGAGGGGCAGGCUUCUGAUUGUUGGGACCCUGAGCUGGGAUGCCGGUGAAACAAAAGGCGCGUGUGUCAACUUAUGCAUAUGCAUUAGCCGGCAGAGGGCGCGAGGGGUCCGAGGACAGCCUCUGACGUCCGCGGUCUGACGCCUGGGCUCGCUGGCGCGGUGGACAUGCACACGCACCCUGUCGUCUGGAAGCCACCCGCUGUGUCCAGGAGUGGGACGGUCUGACAACUUUCCAGCACAUCGUUCUCGAUAUAGCUGCUACUCCUGCCUAGCACCUACUAGGUGCAGAAAACAGGAAAGUCUCUCGUUAAUUAGUUUAACUUGAUUUUCUCCUACAAAAAAAACUUUUUUGUCUCAAAGUUGCUAGAUUUUUGUGGUAAAGAAAUGCCAAGCUUCUUCCAGAAAUAGGCUUACAGAAAAAAAGGAAAAAAAGAAAGAAAAGAAAAAUGCAUUGAUGAAACUCUGUACUAAGUAUGACCGCAAAGGGCCUGUAACUGUGGACAUGUCAGGAAGAGCACCACCACCACUACAAUCAGCAGCAGGAACAACCCAAACAGCAAAAUAAGAUGAAUUGUGUUUCGCUGAUUUGAGCAGUGGUCGCAAGCAGAUGCCCAAACUGACAUCAGCAACAAUCAGAACAAGACUCCCAUAGCAACCAAGAGCCACACUACCCACGGUCCGGAGUCAUGGGGCGGAAGUGCGUCACCCUUCGAGUGUUUGCCUCCAUUUUGUUGUUGGGCGUCGUGAUGGCCUACGAGUACAAGAUGCAAGCUGGUGUGCUGGGCUACCCAGGAUCGCUGGACGCCGAAAUUUACCGGCAGAUCGCGGACUUCCUCAUCAAGGAGAUGGAGGAGGGACGAAGCGAGAGAGAUAAAGGUCACUGCGCCAUGUACUUCGAUAGCCUGAUCUUUGACACCAGCAAUGGCUCCACUUUCUACAACAGUCUCGUGAAAGCUCGCGACAGUUUCAAGAACAUAGGUGUGGCCAUCGCCAUCGGCCCUUUCAUCGACGUCUUUGCAUCCACCGACUACGUCAUCUUGCAUCAGUUCCACCUCCUGACGUCACCAGCGGGCGAAAAUGCCGGGCUGAUGGAUCCCCAGAAGGUCGUCUCCAUACUGCCAGAGCCCAAAUCCAUGGCAACGGUGAUUGCUGACGUCAUUCACAAGCUGCAGUGGAAGAACGUGGUGCUUCUCUCCCAAGACGACUUCUCACCUGUGCUGACCCUGGGUCAGAAGGGCAUCCAAGUGUGGCCCAUCCGUCUGCCCACCCGGAUUGUGUCGCACGAGGACGCCGAGCUACGGCGCAACCUGAUCGAACUGAGGGCCUCGGAGAAGAACAAGUUCAUCCUGCACUCCACGCGCCGUGACAUCGUCCAUCGAGUCAUUCUGGCUGCAAGUCGUCUGCAUCUGCUGCACCACACCAUCGACUGGUUCAUCACCUACCCGGACUUCGAAGACGUCAUUCAGACUGACGAGGGCACGUGGCCGGAGUCUCUGUACGGACUGCAGCUGCUGAGACCGGAGAAGAUUCCCGAGAACAUUACACAGGAGCUGCCGAUCAACAUGUCGCGGCUGGAGCUGGGUUUGGCGCUGGACGUGGUGGGGCUGAUGCGACACGUGCUGUGGCGAGGGGCGGGCAACUGCGUCAAGCCCCCGCUGGGUAGCGACCACCUCAUCACGGCCCACGACUUCGCGCGCUUCUUCAAAGAGAAGACCCUGACCUACGAGGGUGCGCUGGGGGAGUAUGUGUGGGAGCGCGGGGACAACGCCCGCACGAACUACACCAUGGACGUGCUGGCCUUCAAAGGCGAUUUCAAGAAGAUUGGAAGUGUUGGAUUUGAAAACAGUUCUCUGGUGGUUCAUCUGCAUGUCAAUGAUGGCAAGAAGAUAGCUCCGAAGCGCAUCUUCUCUGAUGUCCUUCGCAUCGUCACCAAGCAGAAUGUGCCUUUCAUGAUCAAGCAAGGGAACAACUACACGGGUUUCGCCUAUGACCUGCUGGUCGCCCUUGCUACGAAACUCAACUUCCGGUUCGAGCUGUUCGACAUCACGGACCGCGACACGGGUGGCGAUGGUACUUACGGAGCCCUCGUGCGGGAACUGACCGCUGGCAACGCAUCCAUGGCGGUGGGAGCGUUGGAGGUGACCGCCCAGCGCGAAACUGUCAUCUCCUUCUCCUACACCAUCUUGUCCACCCAGGCCACCAUCCUGGUCCGCAAGCCUAAGAACACUCAGAACUUCUUCCAGUUCCUGAGUCCCUUCAAGACUGGGUUGUGGAUGAUGAUCCUCGCAUUCAUCGCGGUGGCUGCACUGGCUCUCUUCCUCAUCAGUCGCUUUGACCCCACGCAGCAGGGCGUGCAACAGAAGUUUGACCUCAAAGAGAGCGUGUGGUACGCCCUCAACAUCCUCCUGCAGGGGAGCACAGAAUACUCUCCGCAGACGACGUCCAUGCGGGCCAUCAUCGCCUUCUUCUGGUUCUCCGUCCUCAUCAUCGACGCCGCCUACACGGCCAACCUCGCCGCUUACCUGACGCUGCAGCAGAUUGACAGUCGCAUCAAGACCAUCCACGACCUGUCCCGUCAGACACAGAUCAAGUACGGCAUGGAAAACGGAUCCAGCUUAAUGCAUUUUAUUCAGACACAAAAGGAAGACCCCUUUGAGCGAAUGUGGGCCUUUAUGAGGAUCAACGAAGAAAAAUCGUUACUUAGCAACACAACGACCAUCAUCGAGAAUGUCAAGAGUGGUCGCUUCAUCUUUAUAGCCGAUGGCGUCACCAACGGUUACUACGCCAAGCUGUACUGCGGCAUCGAGUCCAUCGAGCAGAACUUUGGCGCCAAGGACUUUGCACUGGGUUUCCCGCGGGGUGCGCAGUACAAGGACGACAUCAACCGCGGGCUGCUGCAGCUGAAGGAGUCGGGUGUGCUGGACGACCUCAAGCACAAAUGGUGGACGGCCGGACGCAACUGCACGGACGAUGAUGACACGAUGUCUUCGUCGGAAAAGACGACGGCGGAGCUGAACAUCACCAACAUGGUCGGCGUCUUCAUCGUCCUCGCCGCCUUCACCGUGCUUGCCAUUAUCGUCGACAUCUCUCUCAGGAUCUAUGGAGAGACUCGUGACAAGGAGGAAAAGAAAAGUGCGGCAGUGGACGAAGUUCCUCAAAAACAGGCAGAAGAGUUCACCUAAAUCAGAAUUCCUCCACACCUUUAACACCUCAUUGUCAACACCGUGUUUGCUAAACCUUCAGAGCAUCACAAUUUUUUCUCCGAACACUAAGCGGGCUGAUACUGUAGGUGUCACACAUUACUGGAUUGUACAUAAUAUCAGACGUAACAUUUCAUGGUACAUGUGAUUUCUCAGUUUAUUGGGGGGCAGGGGGGAUGGUGUCUGUUUUGUUUUAGUUUCAUUUCUUCCCCCCAACCUCACUUCUCAACUUACUGAAGAAGGUUCCGCACAUACUGCCCAAUGUAAAAAUAAUUGUAAAGACAAUUUCACCGUCCUGACAUAUGUAAUACUGACAUCAAACACCAUGCUUCUACCUUCUAGUCUAAUGUAUACUAUUUACACGUCUGUGUGUAUUCUAAUUUUAACUAUUUACAACUCGUGCGUCUUAUAGUUAAAAAUUCUUUAAUAAUUAACGGCUAAAUGGUGUUUGAUAAUACAAGUCCAGCUUUCAUGUGUAUUUUGUCGUAAUUCAUUUUUUAAGCAUGUACAUCGUUAAAAACUUAAAAUAUAGACAAGGCCUCUGUCUCUUCUGCAUAUAUGACGCUUGUAAACAGCAAAUUUAUUUCGAGAACAUUUUUGUUUCAUUUUGGAUUUGAGUUCACUCAUUUGUUUCAAGUUUUAGAACAUUGUCUUUGUCAUAAACAUGGAGUGAUGGUUUCGAAAUGAACAUUGAAAAAUGUGCUAGAAAUAAAGUUUAAGAGUCGUUAUUGAUAAUGAAAUGAUGUUACCGAGUGCGCCUGCUGGUAGUGCAUUCGCCCAUCGAUGAGCACGGAGAUAUCACUGUUAAAGGACUAUUUGAUGAAUAAAGACGUUAAUACAUCCACGGGGAUAUCUUUCUAAAGCGAGUUGUUAUGAUGAAGAUUUUUAUUUACUGUUGCUAAGUUUCCUCGCCAACGCUUUUUUAAUAACCGAUAUAUGAACGAAGCAUUAAAAUGAUAACCGACAUAACCUGAGGGAUUUUUUUAUUUACUUCGUCAAAAUUCUAAUAGCUUCCCGUCAAAACGAGGACAAAAUUAACUUUAUGAGGUAUUAUCUUCAUUAUUACUGAGAGUUCAAGUCCUUCUCAAGAGGGUCUGAGUAAAUGACCUGACCACAGUCGUGCAAGUACCCGCGUGAGGGCGUAGUGCAACUGCACGUGACUGUCGCCCACGUUUUCUACCAGGUGACGCAAGCUCACUUUUUCGUCUGGGACAUAUACAACGAGGUCCCAUCAGCUACACACACACACCAAAGAAGCACAUCAGAAAGAGCCAGAGGAGACAAACUUUAUUUAUCAUUAACAUGUUUCCACGACUGAUCCACUUGUUCCAACAAAGACGCCAUGCUUUAGAGGCCAUGGACCUUCUCUGACACACGUCAGCACAGAAUCCCCCCUCCCUAAGACUGCAUGCGCUAAACUAUUCCAGCACAAAGCAUAACAGUGGACUCCUCUCAACCCAAAGUGAACCGCGUGGUAGAUGUCUUCACCUCCGUGCGAGUAUUUAAUUAUAUAUGUUAGAGAGAGAGCGAGAGGUGUGCGCGCCUGCAAACGAAUGACAGUGGCAGGAAGCGGUGAAAAUGGCCAUGCGCAUUAAGUGUGAAAGUGAAAAGGAUUCCUGAGUUGUGCUACACUCUCACGCGCAAGUCUAGUGAUUCCAAUACAUCCUUUUCCUUAAAGUUCGUAAUAGCUGAAUCUCGUAUGGUGUGCAUGCACUGCGUGCCGCGGGCUUGAGCCGUCUCUCGUGUCACAACUGCCGCUGCCGCAAGCGCUUGCGGUACUGAUAUGAACACUCGUACAUAAGAAAAUUUAUUCUGAUUACUUUGUGCAGACAGUGAAGAGAGA